GACGACACGUUAGGUAUGUCAGUUAAUCGAAUUUGGUUAAAUGUUUGACGUCUGCUUAGAUUAAUGUUACAGUUGCAGAGAUAUUCUGUUGAAUGAAAAAUUAUAAGUUGAAGAUUCUUUUUGUGUAUUUAUUAUUCUUCAAAAAUUGGUCAAUCAAGUUAUCUGUUAAUGUAGACCAACAGAGUGCAGAUUAAAUCUCUUUUAGGUUAAGAAAUGUCCAGUAGACUUAGUGGUAGAGAUGAACAAAAACAUUUUAAUUCUAAUUUUCUGGUUUUCUAAUCGAUUUCCAUUUAUUAGCAUGGGUGCCAACAAUCUACAUAAAUUUGAUGGUACAAGCAUCACAGAAAUAGUUGGUGAUGAUGUGUUUUUCGAGAUAGUGGAACCAGAAGAACUCAGUUAUACUUAUAGAACUCGACCAGCAAAAAAUUUUGGAACUAAAUUUAAUGUGAAUUUCUCCCAUGGUGUCAUACCUCUGGUCCCGGUCGACCCCGCAGAUGGCUGCAGCUGGCCUGAUAAUGCCAAUGAUCUGCGAGGGAACAUAGUUCUGGCCGAGAGAGGAGAAUGUUCAUUUUUAAGCAAAGCAAUAAAAGCAGAACAAGUUGGUGCAGUGGCCAUAAUCAUUGCUGAUUAUGAUGUAAAAAAUGAUGAUCUUUAUGUAGAAAUGAUCGAUGACAAGACAUUAAGAAAAACCAAUAUCCCAGCAACAUUCCUAGUUGGCCGAAAUGGAUAUAUUAUAAGAAAGACAUUGAAGAAGCUCAGACUGAAGCAAGCACUGAUAAGGAUACCACUUAACAUGACCCAUGUGCCAGUUCACAAAAUGAGACAACCUCCUUGGGUCCCUUGGUGAUUUAAUAAAUUGUUUUCAUCAUU